AUGGGGAUGUUUAAGACUGCAGCUUAUAAAGCGAGCCGUCGGACGAUCGACGCGAUCAACGACCGACGUCGGACGCUCGAUGCGGUCCACGCCAGCCCGUCGAACCUCGGAAGAGGAGACGUAUACGUGCCCAGCGCCGGCCACGGCAUGUCGAACGAGGAGGAGCCCGCGGCGGCGGGCGUGUUCGACGGCCUUGACGACAUCGCGUGCGAGCGCGACGUCGCGGAGAUAAACGCGCGCGGGGGCGACGCGUCGACGCGCGCGAUGGACGAGGACGACGAUCUCGAACUCGAGCGGGCGCGCCUUCGCGUUUCCCGCGCGGACGAGCCCUCCCCGUCGAGACUCCUCGCGGGCGACGCCGCGGACGUCGUCAUGACAGACGAGGAGAUGGAGGAAGAGGAGGAGGAAGAAGAAGAAGAGGAGGAGGACGCGGGCUCGCGCUCCAGGAAGGACGACCCCCGCAGCCCCUCGCGAAUGGAACGCCGCGCGCGCGGGUCCUCGGACGAUUCGAGCCCGACCGCUCGCGCGUCCGACGACGCCGCGCGCGCGUCCACGUCGCGAGACGAAGAGGACGACGGGGACACGGACGCGCUCGCCUCGGACGAUGCGCUCGCCUCGGACGGCGAGACGAACCCGCUCCCGCGCGCGGAGGGCGGGUUCGCGACGGGCGAGGGCGAGGACCCCAUGGGGGGCGCGCCGUGGUGGUUGCGUGUGGAUCUUCCCGCGCACGUCGAAGCCGUGCUCCCGGUGAAGACGAAGGGGCUCGGCGAGCGCGUCGACGACGACGACGACGACGAGGUCGUGGAUCGCGUGAUCGACGAGCUGCUGCCCGAGAUCGGUGAAAAGAGGACGUACCUUGGGGUUGCCGCAAGUGGACGUAGUUGGUGUGCGUGGGUGUAUCACGCUGGUACUACUUGGAACUUCGGCAGCUACGUCGAUCGGUUCGACGCCGCGCGCGCCCGCGACAAGGGUGUGAUUAAGCUGAAGGGAUGGGACGCGGACAACCUCAACUUCCCCGUGACUGACUACCGCGGAGACGAUGAGUUCUAUAAAGUGGCCGCGCAGAACGCCGCGCGCGCGAAGAGUGCUACGGCGCCGCCCGCUGUCGCCGAGAGUGUUCGCGCAGUCAAAGUUCGCAAGGUCGGGGUGAAGUAUACCGGGGUUUCCUUGAAUAACGGAGGUAAAUGGAUGGCGCAGGUCUGGCACGCUAGCACUACCUGGCACUUCGGCACCUACGUCGAUCAGCUCGACGCCGCGCGCGAGCGCGACAAGGGUGUGAUUAAGCUGAAGGGAUGGGACGCGGACAACCUCCACUUCCCCGUGACCGACUACCGCGGAGACGAGGAGUUUUGUCGAAUGGUAUCAUCUAUGACGGACGAAGAAUACAGAGAUGCCGCGCAGGACGCCGCGCGCGCGAAGAGUGCCACGGCGCCGUCCUCUGUCGGCCAGCGCCUCGACGACGACGAGGUCGUGGAUCGCGUGAUCGACGAGCUGCUGUUCGAUAUCGAUAACGAAACGUAUGUUGGGAUUCGUUCGAAUGCAAUUGGACAUAGAUGGAUUGCGCAGGUGUAUCGCGUUGGUAUUACCUGGACCUUUGGCGGGUACGACGAUGCGGUCGACGCCGCGCGCGCCCGCGACAAGGGUAUGAUUAAGCUGAAGGGAUGGGACGCGGACAACCUCAACUUCCCCCUGGCCGCGCAGAACGCCGCGCGCGCGAGGAACGGUACGGUCCGGCGUUCCUUCAAAGUUGGUGCCCGUGGCCAACUCCCUCCCGCCUCGCCUCGCGAGAGCUCGCAAAUUGGUGUUCUUAAGUCGAGGUCGUCGCACAAACGCAAACUUGUCGCCGAGAGUGUAAAAGUGGCCGCGCGAGACGCCGAGAGAGUUCGCGAAGUCAAAGUUCGCAAGGUCGGGGAGAAGUAUGCCGGGGUUUCCUUGAAUAAAUUGAAUAAAGAAGAUAAAUGGAUAGCGCAGGUCUGGCACGCUAGCACUUCCUGGUACUUCGGCAGCUACGUCGAUCAGCUCGACGCCGCGCGCGCCCGCGACAAGGGUAUGAUUAAGCUGAAGGGAUGGGACGCGGACAAACUCAACUUCCCCGCGGCCGACUAUCGCGGAGACAAGGAGUUUUGUCGCAUGGUUUCGACCAUGACGGACGAAGAAUACAGAGAUGCCGUGCGGGACGCCGCGAGGACGUUCGUCCAACCAGUCGUUUACGCGCCGCCGCGUCCGAAAGAAACCAAAACCGAGAAGCUCGCGAAGAACGACCCGUGGGUCGGCGAGCGCGUCAGGAAGUGGUUCCCGAAGCAGAAAGCGUACUACGAGGGCGUCAUCGCGAAGGCGCAUUACAUCGACGGCGAGGUGUACUACUUCAUCGAGUACGACGACGGCGACGAGGAGGACCUUUCGAAGGACGACUUGCGCGCCGGACAGAUGCUCAAAAAGUGGAAAAGUAAAUGCGUCGGCGGCGAGGGCCCCGUGGUGAAGAAGCGCUACGGCGAGCUCGUCGCCGUGAAGCUCCAGAGGCGCGAGGAAAAGCCGAAGCAGCAGCGACGCGUGUACGUCGAGCAGCGGCCGCUGCCGCCGCCGCCGACGAAAGAGGCGGUCGCGAAGCUGCUCGCGGACGUGCGUGCGGCGGCGGAUGACGAGGCGAACAACCCGACGCGCGGCGCCGACGCGCUCGCGGCGAGACGCGAGCGCGAGCGCGCGCUCGCGAACCCGGUCGGCGGCGUCGUCCUGGGCCGCCCGCAGCCGCCGCCGGCGGAGGACGCGGGGGAGAUUCGCGUGUUAUCGCAUGUCCUCUCGCCCGCGGUCGCGAAGGAGUUUAAACGCGUGCACUUCAUGUGGAAACACCGCCACGGCCUCCUCGACGCCGCCGGCAGCGGGAAGAUGGACCUGUUCAAAGCCAUCGCGGCGACCGUGCGCGAGACGCGCGUCGUCGCGAACAACUCGUUCGCGGACAACAGCAACGAAGUCAUUCGAAGGUUCGACGCGUCCGCGGCGCUCGCCGAGGCGUUCGCGCGGCAGCUCGUCGCGGCGACGACGCUGACGAUGACCGACGCCGCCGCCGCCGCGAUCGACCUCCCGGAGACGCUCGACUACUGCGACGGCGUCGAGGCGUUCACGAUCGGCGACGACGAUCCGAGGGUCAUCCUGCGAGGCGAGCUCGGCGCGAGGGCGACGCGGAGAAUCCCGGCCGGGACGCUGCUCGGCCCGCACGCGGCGUACGCGUGCGCGCGCGUGGAGUACCACUCGCGAAAAUUCUGCGUCCCCGUGCACGGCGCGCGACGCGCGCUGGACCCGUCCGUACGAUACACGACGCCGCUGCACGCGGAGCUGGACCACGACGCGUUCGCCGCGGACUUCUUGUCCGUCGCGGGGACGGAGCUCGAGGAGUCGCUGGGCGGGAUCAUCGCGGACGCGUACGGGUACGGAAACUUGGCCUCGGCGGUGAACGACCCCGCGAUCGAUCCGUUCGACGUCGAGGGCACGAACGACGAGCUGAGGGUCGACACCGGGGUCGUGAACGUGCACCUCGUGGAGAUUUUAGUGCACAACUUCCCGUUCAUGUUUCACGUCGCCGUGAACGAGAUCAAGGAGGGCGAGGAGCUGUUGACGGAGCAAGGGCAGUACUUUUGGGAGAUGAUUCGGUCCGGGAGGCGAAGGAUCGCGGCGGUGUCCGGCGGCAGGAUGGGCGCGUUAUCGUGAUCGCGAUUCGUUAGGGAGGUGGUUUACUUCCUCUUUUGGGGUAUUAAUAGCUGUUUUUAGGUUUUUAGGCGCGCGAGGGGGCGACCAGCCGGUCGACCCGCUCGCGCGACGUUUUUC